AUGAACGUUGCAGAUAGGGGAAUGCAUAUAAUUCUCUUGUAUUUGAGAAUGAAUGCUUAUACAAUUCUAUCAAUUCAAAUGCUUACCAAGGUUAAUCAAACAUGCUCAAGUAGAAAUAAUCUAAAAUUUAGAUGAUGGACUAUAAUUUUCAUAGAUUUCUAUUAAAGGUGCAAGUUUCAUGAUAAUACUCAAUUUAUUAGCAUUCUUAUAUGUGAAGGCGAAAGAGAAAAUGCAGAUUUCUGACAAUUUUUUGUUAGCCUUUUUAAAUAUUUGUUGGGGAAUCAUAGAAUUUAUGAAGAGCUAUCAGACUACCCAAACCAAUAUGAAUGAAUGCGAAUAUGUCAUUAGUAUUUAGCAAUUAACCUUUUACUUCUAGGCAACAACUGCGUUAUGGGUAACUUAAUGAAAUUGAUUUAGGUUGUAUUAGCAUUGUUUUUCAGUUAAAUUGUUAUACGAAUAACCAGUCUACCAAUAAAUUGCAUUUCUCUAUAUCUUAUAUUAGUGAAUCAGAAACAAAGCUGUUUGGAAGACAAUAUUUAUUAUUUGAUGCUCUUUUCAACAGUUUGGUUAAUUGUAUUAGGAAUUCCAUAUAAUUUCUUUAUGAGUGCAAACAAAAGAGUGGCAGGUCCUUAUUAAUUUUUGACAACUAUCGGCAUUCUAGCCCAGAUACCAGUAUGUGGUAUGAUGUGCAUAUUUUAAUUUAGUUUUGAUUUAUAUGUAAGGAAUGAAUUAUAAAGAUGAUACAUGUCAAAUAGCAUAUAGUGCUUAAGAAAUGUUUAUGGUUAUCUCAGUACUACAAUUAGUGCUAUUGCUUAUAUAUUUUAUCUAUUUCAAAGUAGCAUUUUCAAUUUUAAUUAGAAAUUCGAAAAAGAAAGAAAGAAUCAAGAAAUAUCGAAAGAGUUAGUGAAUUUAUCCACAACAACAACUACUAAAUUAUCAAGUACUAAGUAUGCGAUAAAAAAAUGA